AUGCACAAACAAGAAAUUGUUUUAAGUGAACCACUAAUGAGUUUAGACCCAGCUACAGACUUAGACGAACCUAAUGCCAAAAUGGAUUUAAAUGAAGGAAAUUUAUCCAAUAAAAUUUCAAAAUACAAUGAAGAAUUGACAAAAGAAAUGCACAAACAAGAAAUUGUUUUAAGUGAACCACUAAUGAGUUUAGACCCAGGGAAAUGGGUGUUUCCGUUAUCAGGUUCACAGCGUCACGAUUUAGUUCAAAAUGGUCCUCAACAGAUGCUAGAUACUUGCGAUGAAAAUUAUCCUUUAGACAAUAAUAAGAGACAUUUUUCUAACUUCCACUAUACAAGAAAAUUAAGUAAUGGCGAAACUCAACAUCGCAGAUGGCUAGUUUAUUCUCAAUCUCAAGAUAAAAUAUAUUGUUUUCCGUGUACAGUUUUUUCUAAUUUACAAACACAAAUGAUUCGUGAAGGAUGUUGUGACUGGAAACAUCUAAGUACAAUUUUGCAAAGACACGAAAAGAGCAAAGAGCACAUGGUGUGCAUGAUUAAAUGGGUAGAAUUUGACAAACGAAUUAAACUCGGGAAAACAAUAGAUCAAGAAAAUGAAAAACGGAUUCGUGAAUCACAAAAGCAUUGGUACAAUUUGUUUGAAAAAUUAAUUAAUGUAAUAAAUUUCUUAGCCUCACAUAAUCUAUCAUUUAGAGGUCAUCGAGAAUCAAUGAAGUUAGAUGAUAGCAAUAACUCUGGAAACUUUAUUGAUUUAUUAAAAUUAUUGUCCAAAUAUGAUCAUUCAUUACAGAACCAUUUUCAACUAAUUAAUGAAAAACAACUGGCACAACAUUAUUUGAGUCAUGAUAUCCAAAAUGAAUUAAUUAAACUUAUGUCUAAAAAAGUAAUUGAAGAGAUUAUUAGUAAAGUAAAACUAGUGAAAUAUUAUGCUUUCAUGCUCGACUGCACUAGAGACAUAAGUCGCGUUGAACAGAUGUCCAUUAUUUUAAGAUUUUGUAAUACGUCAACCGGUGAUAUAGAAGAACAUUUUAUUGGAUUUAUUGCUGUUGAUUCCACAACAGGGGAACAUUUAACAAACAUUAUUCUACACGAGCUAAAAAGUAAUGGUUUAGAUAUUCAAGACUGUCGUGGACAAGGUUUUGAUAAUGGCGCGAAUAUGGUAGGAAUAAACAAGGGUGUUAAAACACGAAUAUUAAAUAUUAAUCCAAAAGCAUUCUUUGCGCCUUGUGGUUGUCACAGCUGGAAUUUGAUUUUAGUAGAUGCUGCUAAGUCUUCCAUUACAGCUACAACAUUUUUUGGCUUUAUUCAAAAAAUUUAUUUGCUCUUUUCAAAAUCUAGUAAACGAUGGGAUCUUAUUAAAGAUAAAUUAAAACUAACAUUAAAGUCUUUAUCUGAAACAAGGUGGGAAAGUAGAAUUGCUGCAGUCAAAGCAAUAUUAUUUCAAUUUGACGAUAUCAUUGAUUGUAUAAAUAUACUUAAAAUGCAAAUAGUAGACGCAGAAACUCUAUGUGAUUGUGAAGCCAUUUUAAAAGAAAUGUUAACAUUUGAAUUUAUUGUUGCAAUACAUGUGUGGUAUGAAAUUUUACUUCGUGUAAAUAAUAUAAGUAAAAUCUGGCAAUCAGUUCAAGUUAAUUUAAAAAUGGCUGUUGAUUCUUUAAAUAAUUUUUGCAAUUGGAUUCAAGAAUAUCGUGAUAUAGGAUUCAAUAAAAGUAUUAUAGAAUCUCGCCAGUUCAUAGAAAAAAGUAGUUAUGAAAUAGAAUUAAAUUUUAAAAACAAGAGAAUAGCAAAGAAGAAAAAAAUGUUUAGUUAUGAACACACUGAUGAACCUAUAGAGAAUGAAAAAAUCGCACGUGCGUCAAAACCUUUUUAUGACGGUGAAUUUAUUAAAGAUUGUAUAAUUAGUGCGGUGGAAGUAUUAUGUCCCGAAAAGAAACAAGCAUUAAGUUUAAGUGGAAAUACUACUACUCAGAGAAUUGAAGGAAUUGCCAGCAAUGUUAAACAACAAUUGUAUGAAAAAAAUUUUGAAAUAGCAAUGCAUCAAGCAGUUUUUGAAAUUUUUCCGGAAACAGAGGGGUUUGGAUGUCGUUUUCAUUUGGGCCAAGCUUGGUACCGCAAAAUUCAAAAUUUAGGUUACGCACCACAAUUUAAUUCUGCAAAUGACGAUGUAGGAAAAUGUUUAGUACAUAUUUUUGGACUUCCUUUUCUCAAUCCAGAGGAAGUGGCAGAAUGUUUUACAGAAUAUUUUAUGGCAGACAAACCUGAAAAUGCAGCUAUAACCGAAUUUUUUGAUUAUUUGGUAGACAGUUAUAUAUCAAAUGAAUCAAUCUUUCCUCCGAAAAUGUGGGCGCGGCAAUGUUCUUUAGAGUCCAUACGAUAA